UCGCGUAGUUUUUCAUUUUCCUGCUACCCGCGUACGUAGGUCAAACUGUCUAACUGUGUAUUUUUCACAUUGAUACUAAAAUUGACGUCAAACUUCGUUUUAUUACAAUGCAUGCCAGGACCAACACUAUGUACUUGGCAAAUCUCUUGCAAACCUCCAUAGACAAUAAAGUAUACAUUGCAGGCAAACUUCUCCACGCCCAUAUACUCCGAGUUGGCCUUUCCGCUGAUACAUUCCUCGUAAACCGCUUAAUUGAAUUGUAUUCGAAAUGUGGUCAUAUUCAUGCCGCACGACACCUGUUCGAUCAAAUGGUUGAACGAAACUUAUAUUCUUGGCAUUCGCUGUUGAGUGCAUAUUGUAAGGAAGGUCAACUUGCAAAUGCUCAUAAACUAUUUCUGAAAAUGCCCGAGAGAAAUAGUAUAUCCUGGAACACUAUAAUUAGCGCAUUUGCUCGAAAUGGUCAUGAAAGAAAGGCCUUGGAAGUUUAUUCUCUGAUGAAUUCACAAGGUUUCUCUCCGACCCAUAUCACAUUGGCUAGCGUUUUAAGCGCCUGUGGCGGGUUGGGUGAGCUGGAGUGCGGCAGGGUGUCUCACUGUGCUGCUGUGAAGUAUGGGCUUCACAAGAAUGUGUACGUUGGGAAUGCUUUGUUGAGCCUUUAUGUAAAAUGUGGAUGCCCUUCGGAUACAUUGAAGGCGUUUAGGGAGUUGGAUGAGCCUAAUGAGGUUUCCUUAACGGCAAUGAUGUGUGGACUGGUUGAAACUAAUCAAGUGGAAGAGGCGUUUGAAAUGUUUAGGUUAAUGCAGAGAACUGGAAUUCGGAUUGACUCUGUUUCAUUAUCUAGUGUACUAAGGGUUUGUGCUAAAGGUGGGGGUUCGAAUUUUGGUUGGAAUGGUGAGACUGAUGGUGAUCUACCUAAUACACAGGGGAAGCAAGUCCACGGUUUGACAAUUAAACUUGGAUUCGAUGGAGACCUUCAUGUAUGUAACUCCUUGCUUGACAUGUAUGCAAAAAAUGGCGACAUGGAAAGUGCUGAAGUAUUGUUUGGAAACCUAUCAGAAACUAGUACCGUUUCUUGGAAUGUUAUGAUAAGUGGGUUUGGACAGAAUCAUGAUAAAGAAAGAGCGAUGGAGUACAUGAAAAGGAUGCGGGGUGUUGAUGUUGAACCAGAUGAUGUUACUUACAUAAAUAUGCUCGCGGCUUGUGUUAAAUCAGGGGAUGUUGAAAAUGGCCGUUUGAUAUUUGAUAGCAUGGCUUGCCCAAGCUUGAUUUCAUGGAAUGCUAUACUUUCAGGCUAUUCCCAGAAUGAGGACCAUCUUGAGGCACUAAAGCUGUUCAGAGAAAUGCAGUUUCGGAGUCAGCAACCUGAUCGGACCACUUUGGCUAUCAUACUUAGUUCAUGUUCUGAGAUUGGUGUACUAGAAUGUGGGGAACAGGUCCAUGCUACUUCAUUAAAGCAUGUCUUUCCUGGAGAUGUAUACAUAGCUAGUAGUCUUAUUGGUAUGUACCUAAAGUGUGGUAGAGUAGAAGCAGCUCUACGUAUUUUUAAUGGACUCUCUCAAGCAGAUAUAGUCUGUUGGAAUUCUUUAAUUACCGGUUUAUCCUAUAAUUCAUUGGACAAAGAAGCUUUUGCUUUCUUUAAUAAAAUGCUACAGAUGGGGAUGUUACCUAAUGAGUUUUCAUACGCUACUACACUGAGUAGCUGUACAAAGUUAUCCUCAUUGGCACAGGGGAGACAGGUUCAUGGUCUGAUAAUUAAAGGUGGAUAUGAUAAUGAUGUUGUAGUUGGAAGUACUCUAAUUGACAUGUACUCCAAAUGUGGUGAUGUAGAUGGGGCCAGGGUGCACUUUGACAUGAUGCCUUAUAAGAAUACAAUUACAUGGAAUGAGAUGAUACAUGGCUAUGCACAAAAUGGUCGUGGAGAUGAAGCUAUUUUCUUGUAUGAAGACAUGAUUUGUUCAGGAGGAAAACCUGAUACUAUAACCUUUAUUGCCGCUUUAACUGCUUGUAGUCACUCUGGGCUGGUAGAUCUGGGGCUUAAGAUAUUCAACUCAAUGCAGCUACAAUAUGGGUUGGAGCCACUUGUUGAUCAUUACACUUGUAUAAUUGAUUGUCUGGGUCGUGCUGCCCGGUUUAGUGAAAUAGAAGAACUAGUCAAUAAGAUGCCAUGCAAAGAUGACUCUAUUGUGUGGGAGGUUUUGCUCAGUUCUUGUCGGCUCCAUGGAAAUGUAACCUUAGCAAGGUGGGCAGCAGAGGAGCUCAUCCGUCUCAACCCACAGAAUUCUGCUCCUUAUGUGCUUCUAGCAAAUAUGUAUACAUCGUUAGGUAGAUGGGGUGAUACAGAGGAAAUUAGAGCAGCUAUGUCGGAAAGGCAGGUAAGCAAGGAACCUGGUUUUAGCUGGGGGUGAAUUCUUGAAGGAGAAGUAGUAAGUGUAGCUGGCUGUUAAAAAUUUGACAGACGGCUAAAUGAAAGGUGCUCUGUUUGUUAGCGGUAUGGAAUUAAAGCAUCCGUCUCCACUACUCAAAGAUAGUUGAUAUGUUCUGCUGGAAGCAAUUUCGAUUCUAGCUCAGGUUUCUCAAAAUGGACUUUUCUUUAGAUAUUUUUACAAGUCAAGUCUAGUGCCAAGGAGAAAGCACUAUUGCUUGACAAAUGUCACGGGCGGAUCACAGAAAUCUUAUGUGUACUGGCUUCGAGGCUCCCCCCUGAAUAAGUAAGGCCCCGUUAGCCUGGGCGAAGAU